GCUGCAUUGUGGGAAACACGUGCGAAGCCGGGAUGGCGGUGCCCUGUUGGAGAUUCGCUGCUCGACCUCUGUGGCAGAAGAUUUCAGGCUCAGGAAAGCUUUCUGUGUCAGUAAAGUCUGCUGUGCGCAGUGUUUCCUCCACUCGUCACACGCGGGGCGCACAGAAGCCCAGCCCGGUCAGUGCUGCGUCCCCCUGGGUUCUGCAUGGAGCUGUUUGCCUGCAGAGGCUGCCGGUCAUCUCUCAGGAAAGGAGCCCUAUUGAGCAGCGGUUCAUGGACCUGAUGCAGCAGAUGGAGCUGGAGAAAAGCCUGCUGUCAGAUCAUGAGCUGAGGCUGCUAGAGGAUGCUGAGCGCAUGAGCCGCAAACAGGAGGCCGAUUAUGACUCUGAUGAAGAAGAGGAGUACGGAGGCCAAGAAAUUGUCAUGGCACAAGAUUUGGAGGAUGCAUGGGAGCAGAAACUGAAGCAGUUUCAGCCUGCUUCAAGGACAAAAGCUUCUGACACCACAGAUGUGAGCUCGUCAGAGCGCUGCCUGGGAGACAGCUUGGUGCUGCUGGUGAAACAGGAUGUUGGCAGUCAAAGGCUCUGGCUCCUGCCUCAGCUGCCGUGGGAGGCAGGAGAGACACUGAGACAGACAGCAGAGCGUGCCCUCGCCAACCUGCCAGAUGCAGAGUUGAAGGCAACGUUUCUGGGCAAUGCCCCUUGCGGAUUUUACAAAUACAAAUUCCCCCAAAACAUUCAGACGGAGAGCAGAGUAGGAGCCAAGGUUUUUUUCUUCAAAGCCGUGCUGUCUGGCAGUGGCCACUUGCCACUACAGAAGGACUCUUUUGCGUGGGUGAGGACGGAUGAGCUGCAGGAUUAUCUCAAACCGGAAUACCUGAAACAGGUCAAGCGCUUCAUUAUGAAUCUGUAAUGAUGGAAGCUGGCCAAAGAACUGGACUCUGUGGAAAUGUCAUUGUCUUGGACACUUGCUCUCUCCUCAUAGUGGGACGGUAACAAAUGGAAUGAGUGUACCUCAUCUCUUGUGAUUUGGAAUAGAAUGUCCCAAUCCAUUUCUAGGGCAACCCCUUGUCUUAAUCAGUUAUGGCUCUGUGACGGAGCGUGACAUAGCUGAUAAAAAGUCCAGAGUUGAUUAGUUGAUUGAAUAAGGUUUGGCGGACAGUGUGUGCCUGAGUAAUAAUGCGGGCUAGAUUGAAUUUUGUUACAGAACAAUACUGUGGAUUAUAUUAACUUAGCCCACCAUUCCACCACAGCCUGAACAGAUCUGUUAUACAACAUUAAAGAUGAUAACCUGA